AUGAUUUCUAAAGGUAUUCUGAGGGGUGCAAGAGUCAUACUGACUACUUUCUACCUGCUUUUGAUUUUAAUAACCAUUCCAAUUUCAUUCCAGGUGGGAGGGCUUUACUGUGGCCUUUCCUUCACGGUAACGCUGUUCAAUGUGUAUUUGAUAACGGCAACGCUAAAGGUAGCUGCGGGAUCACGGGGGCUCGCCAAACUCGCGACGGUAAUAUACUACGCGCAGCAUUUUUUCAUCCCAUCGCUGUUGUUCCUGUUUCUUUCGGGGUUUUCGCAUGACGAACUUAAGAAACAAAUCGAUACCAACACCAGCCCCGAAGAGCCCCUGUUAAACCUGCUGCGUCGAUCAACACAGACGCAGUCUUGGAUCCUGUACUAUUAUUACUACCAAUACGUCGUCAGACCUUGGCAGUAUAUGUUGCUGCGGUCAACGCCAUAUUUUACCCUUUUAGAAGGGUUUUUUACGAUAUUAGGGAUUCAAGCAGUGGGAGAGACCAGUCGAUGGCUGUCACGCACACAGUCGCGCUCCAAUUCAUGGGUGAUUGCUGGCCUGAUGGCAUCCGGAGGGGUCAUCACCGCAUCAUUGUACUACCUAUUUCGCAUUUAUGUGACGCCCAUCUGGGAGUUGGAUGCACAAACUGCAUCUUUACUCGGCUUUACAUUUUCCAUUGUGUGUGGGCUAGGAGUAUAUGGCAUUGUAUCUGGCCGCGGCUCCACCAUUGAAUCAUCCUUGUUUUUCGCAUACAUCGUACGUUGUCUUUACGAAAUUUCUCCACAACUUGCAACAAGCGCUAUGGAUGAGAUAUUCACCUUAGUGAAAGAUACGUGGCAAAAUCAGAAUCACACUCUUGGAUCUCCUGAUAGUUUCCUAGCCUACUACCGUGAUCGUAUCUUGAUCAAUGGUGAAAUGAUUUGGGACACCAUUCUCGAGCAUACAACAAACGUCGCCGUCAACACUCCUUCCCAUUCUGCGCUAUGGGGUUCCUGGAGCCGUCUGAAGCCGCUCUGGACGUUUACUAAGCACUUUACAUCCAGUGUCCCCAGCUCGAUUCAGGAGAUAGUUUAUUUGACUUUGGACAUGGCAACGGAAGCUAUUGCACCAGCCGUGGUCAUGAACCUGUGCUUCCGGAUCCUGAUAUUCUACUCUGCCACCAGAAUAAUACCUGCCUUACAGAAAAACCACAAACGAAGAUCUCGCCGCUUCAUGCGAGUUCUAUAUCUCUACAGUCCUUGCAUUGUCAUCGCCAUGUACACGCAUUUGAUUCUGCAGUAUUCGGGUCAAAUCAGCAACGAUUUGUGUUUGUGGGGCUGCUUUCCCUGGUCGUCGGACCAGAGCGCCAUAGUCGUAGUAGACUCGUGGGGUUUCUGGAAUUGGUGUAACAUUUUCUGCACUGUGGCCAUAUACGCUUCAGAGCUUUUCGGCAAUAGCUGA